AGAAGAAGCCGCUAUAUGGCGCUUAUCUCGGAUGCGGAAGCUUUUUUGUUGCUGGCGGUAAAUACGAAUAAAAGAAAGUUCUGGUGAAGAAAAACAGUUGUUGUGAUGCUGCAGUGUCCAGAGUCAUCUGUGGGUAAAGGAGACAGUCUGCAUCAACAAGUUCUGUCCGCAUUCCCGCUGUGUCAUCUAACCGAGGAUGAUCUGAUCCAGAACCCUCUGUUCUGCAAGCUCCUGGCCACGCUGUCACAGCAUGUGGAUCGCACCGGCUUGACGUUACCCUUGAGAAAAGAGCUGGAAAAGGCAGAGAAGGAGCUCCGGUCGCAGAGGUUGGGAUGGCUCCGUUUGGAAAGCAUACACAGACUCCUGCAAGAGAUGGUGCAGCAACAUCACUUCGGCAAGCACCACUCCACUGCGGCGGCAGCCGAGGACACGUUCUAUGUCACGCUGGAGCGGUGUUUGUUGGUGGCUCGGUGUGUCCGGCAGCUGGACCCGAGCAGCACCGUUGGCCAGGAUCUACCUCUCGUCCUGGGGUUGUCUGCUGAGAAAGUGCUGAGUCAGCUGCCUCCACAGCAGGAUGUGUUGCAGAUGAAACAGAGACUACCGACAGAACUGCAGAAGCACCUCAAGAAGAAACUCUUUAACUUCCUCUCUUACUAUCAGCCUGAGUGGGAGAAUGAAAGCGAGGGUCUCAGGUGUGUGAAACUGUCGAAGCUGCCAGGACUGCUGGAGAGCGAGCGUGGCAGAGCAGAGAGUCUGGCUGAGAAGAAUCGAGAGAACAGCACGCUGCUGCAGAGCCAAACUCACUCUUACCUUUCUGAAUUACUGGAAUGCAUGCAGCUCCUCCAGACCCUCGUCCUUGACCUCCGACUCAAAGUGCAGAAAGAACUCGACAGGAAGAAGAUAGAAUACUUUGAGGCCAAAUGUGAGAUUGGAAUUCAGAAAAUUAGGGCCGAGAUGCUCGAGGUUCAGCUCGACUCUUACACACGAGAUAAAAUAGCAGCGCAUCAGAAAAUCACGGAGAAGCUGAGUGCUGAGCUGAAGGCAUGCCAGGUGAAGAAACAGUCACUGGAGUCCAGACUGGCGUCCUUCGAGAUCUACGGCAGAGAGUUUGAAGUCCUGGCAGAGGAAUAUUCCAGACUGCGGCAGGAGGUCACGACAAAAUCCUGGGCACUAAAAGAAUUUACAACCUGAACCAUCACAGCAAGAGCAAGUGGCGCCAGUACCAAUUAGAGCUGGUGUUCGGAAAUCCCGGACUUCAUCACAAUAAGAUACACAUUUGUUAAUUUGCAUAUGACUGUCUUUUCCAUGUACUUAAAAGCUUGUCGCAUCAUUACGGCUUGUUAUAAAAAUGCCAUUUGGAGAACAUUUUUAAAUGAUCAGUAAAUCUGAUUAAACUUCAUUCUAAUCCAUUCUGCGUUAAGGGGUAUAUUAGAUUUGGUAUAUAACUAUAUAGAUGAGUUUAUAGUGAAAUAACAACACUGAAUUUUGUUCCACCAAAUCAACGGAUCAAACAUUUCCCAGCAUUUUUUUUUUUAAAAAGUGUUAACGUUAAACAUCUUAUACUUUUGUCAUUUGAUCUUACUUUGUAUGUUUAUUCCUAUUUGUUGUACCUGUGUAGAUCAUGUUUUUUUUAGUUUGUGUGUACAGUUGUAAACAUUUACAUAGCAGAAAAUGCACU